UUUUUAACAAAGCUGAUCACUCUGUUUGCAGACACAGCUGGAUUAGGUUGCAUUCUUCCCAUAAUUUUUUUUUUGGAAAAUUCCUGACUAGUACGGUAUCAAUCCCAAAGAAAUGACGCUGGCAGAUCCAGUUGUCAUACUGCUGCUGUUUGUGGUAACUUUUGUUUCUAUUCUCACUGUGAAAAGGGGCUGGAAUAAGAGAGCCUGCCUGAAUUUUCCCCCAGGACCAAGACCUUUACCCGUCCUUGGAAAUGUACACCAGCUGAACCUGAAGAGACCUUACCGAACUUUGCUUGAGCUGUCUGAGAAAUAUGGCCCAGUCUUCAGCAUUCAGAUGGGACCCAAGAAAAUGGUGGUGCUGUCGGGAUACAAGAUGGUGAAGGAGGCUCUUGUGAACCAGGCAGAUGCGUUUGUGGAAAGGCCUAGAAUCCCAAUAUUUGAAAAAAUUUCAAGAGGACAUGGUGUUAUUUUUGCUCAUGGUGAAAACUGGAAAGUGAUGAGAAGAUUCACUCUCACGACCUUACGGGAUUUUGGCAUGGGCAGGAGGACCAUUGAGAACAAAAUCCUGGAAGAAUGUGAUUAUCUGAUAAAGGAUUUUGAAUCUCGCAAAGGAAGCCCCUUUGACACCAUGAAGAUGAUGAAUGUUGCUGUUUCCAAUGUCAUUGUGUCGAUAAUGCUCGGACACCGAUUUGAUUACGAGGACCCAAAGUUUAUCAGGCUUAUCUAUUUAAUUAAUGAAAGUGUCCGGCUUUGUGGGAGUCCCAUGGUUACGGUGUUCAAUAUAUUUCCCGCCCUUGGGUUCCUACCAGGAAAUCACAAGACUGUCUUUAAUAACAUGGAAGAACUGUACUCCUUUAUUCAGCAGACUUUCAUCGAAUACCUGAAGCAAUUAGAUCCCAAUGACCAGAGAAGUUUCAUUGAUGCCUUUCUCGUCAGGCAGCAGGAGGAAAUAUAUAAUCCCAAUUCCCAUUUCAAAAAUGAGAAUUUGCAAAGCCUGGUGAGUAAUCUGUUCACGGCUGGGAUGGAAACAACUUCUACCACACUCCGCUGGGGCCUUUUGCUUAUGAUGAAAUACCCAGCUAUUCAGAAAAAAGUCCACGAAGAGAUCGAAAGAGUUAUAGGAUCUGCCCAGCUUCGUUAUGAACAUCGGACACAAAUGCCAUAUACGGACGCAGUUAUCCAUGAAAUUCAGAGGUUUGCUAAUAUCCUGCCAAUGAGCUUGCCUCAUGAGACUACUGAGGAUGUCAGACUUAAUGGCUAUGUUAUUCCUAAAGGUACUUAUAUCAUCCCCUUACUGGCCUCUGUUUUGUGUGACAAGACUCAGUGGGAGAAGCCUGGAGAAUUCUAUCCUCAGCAUUUCCUCAGCACAGAUGGAAAGUUCGUGAAGAAUGAGGCAUUCAUGCCUUUUUCAGCAGGUCGGAGGAUCUGUGCAGGCGAGACUCUUGCCAAGAUGGAGCUCUUCCUCUUCUUUACAAGCCUCCUGCAGAGGUUCACUUUCCAUCCUCCUCCUGGAGUUACCAGCUCAGACCUGGACCUCACCCCGGCAGUUGGGUUUACCACGCCCCCAAUGCCCCAUAAGAUCUGUGCUGUGCCAUGCAGAUAAACGACAGCUUCUUGGGAAAGUCACACAACCUCAACCCCACUCUGUCCUACUGCUUAUCCCUCCCAGAUACAUGUGUCCUAUCUUAACAGCAUUUUACUCUAUGUCUUAGAAACCGGUUAGAGCUUGGGGCCGGCGUUAUGCUGCCAGAGCCAGGGAUUGGAGCCUGAACUGAAGCCGGGGCCACAUGGCCAGAGUUGGGGUCAGUGCCUGACAGGGUCAGGAGCUGCAUGGCCAGAGUUGGGGGUCAGUGCCUGACAGGGUCAGGAGCUGCAUGGCCAGGGUUGGGGUCAGUACCAGUGGUCAGAGCCCGGAGCUGGGGGCAGAAGCCAGGUGUUGGCACCUGAAGCCCCAUGGCUGGAGCCCUGGUCUGCACAGCCAGGCUCCCUAAAUCCUGAAGCCCACCUCCCAAGCACCCCAGGGCUGAAGCCAAUGCUUCUUUGUCUCUCCCCCUCUCGCCCCAUCACUGCCCAGGAGGCUGUUGUGGCUGCAGGAAAACCCCCUCAUGGCCGCAUGAGAGACACUGCAUUAGUAACCUGCUAAUUUCUACCAGAAAACAAUGAAAACAUAUAUAACUCUU